UUGUGGGUGGUUUGUGGUCUCCCUGUGUGGGUUUGUGAGUGGUGCCAUGAGGAGAGCAGCCCUGGUGGCACUAAUCCUCUUACAGUGCCACCAGGGGUCAUCAGAGUGCCAACCCACCACAGGCACUCUCCCUCCCCCAGGGCCUGGCAGUGGGGGGUGCUGGGGGGGACUGUGGGGCCGGUUUGUGGAUAAGAUAAAUUUAAACGUACAUGAUGGUGUCUGUGUGCGCGUGGGUGUGUUGGCAGUGCACACAUGGGGUGAGGGUGUGGUGGAGGGGGAGACACACACACAGGAUGUCAAGGUAGAGAGAGAAACACUUGCAACACACACAAAGCAAGUCAAGGCAUGGAAAGAUAAGGUAAAACAACAAGAGGCAUUUAAAACGACAUUGGCAACACACACACAGCAAGGUAAACCAGUGAAUGAUGACACAGAACAAGAAAAAACACAUGAAACUCAAACACAGCAACUUAAAACCGUGAAAGACAAGAUAGAACAACAAGUAACAUUUCAAGCUACACUGGCAACACACACACAGCAACUCAAGGCAGAGAGAGACGACACAGAACAACAAACACCACAAAACACACACAUACAGUACUUCAACACCACACCACACACAACACACACACAGCGCCACAACACCACACAGACCCACACCACACCACCACAACCACACACACAUGACCCCACAACACCACCACCACCACACACACACCAAACACACCCACACCCCCGACAAACACCUCAAACACCCCACACCUCCACCUUGCCUUCCACCUCCACUUACUGCCACACCAUCUCAGCCUCCACUUUACAAUGCCACUUUGAAAAUCUUUACUACACACCAAAAUAUCAAGAAUUUGCCUUCGUAAGUGGAAAGGACUCAAGAUUGGAAGGUGUGGAGAGAGUGGAGGAGCUGCCAAACCACCUCCACUUGUCCACAGUCAUAGGGCACAAUGGUUUCCCCUUCCACAUAGCAGUCGUUCCACCAAGGGCCAUUCAAGGAGAGGUGUGGAAUCUCGAAGGGCAAAGUUUGGUAAUGGCGAGGUUUAAACCUGAUAAUUUGUUCCACGUUCUUCAUGAUGAUGUUAUGCCAGUUUACUUCACUGUGCUGCAGCUGUGUGGGGUGCUAGUCUCUCCCUGCCCACCCUUCACCCUGCUGGCAGUCGACACACACCCUGAGUCACCCUACAACACCCUCUACACUGCUCUCGGCCACCAGAUCCUGCUAUCAAAGGACCUGCAGGACAUAGAGUGGGUGAGACUCAGCCGGGCCAUUGUGGGUCUCUCUCGUCACAGUGUUUGGUACCAGUAUGGCUUCCGGCAACCUCAGGGGCCUGUGGGGACAAGACUGACUGGGCUGGAGUUGAGGGAGUUUGCUGUGUUUAUGUUAUCCAGGCUUGGUGUGGGUGUAAAUGCUGCGAGUGAUGGUGUGAGUGGUGUUGAUGGUGUUGGUAGUGGUGGUGGUGGUGAUGUGAAUAUUAGCCCAGUAGAUCUUUCAGGGAGUAAUAUUGAAGGAUCUGUGGAAAUUAACAAAAAUACUCUAGAAAAGGCAGAAAGUACUUUACAAACUAAUGAAAAUACACUGAUAAUUCAAGAAAAGGAAAAAAUUAUCUUAGAAACUCGUGAAAAUACUCUGGAAAACCAAGAAAAGGCAGAAAAUACUAAAAAUUGCUUAGAAAAAGACUUAAUACCACAAGGAAAUGCUCUAGAAAAUACAGAUAGGACUUCGAAAACUUGCAAAAAUGUUGUUAGCCCUGAAAAUACCCCUAAAAACAUUAUAGAGCCAACACACAACCUGAAAUCAGUAAAUCUCCCCAAAAACACCCUAGAAAGUAUUCAAAACUCAGCAAAAUACCUUAAAAUCACACAAAAAAACACCCUAGACUCAGCAAACCUUCCCAGAACUACCCUAGACUUACUAACCCACCCAGAAAACACCCUAAAAAGUUCUCUAGACACCCUGAACCACCCUAGGACACCCCAGCCACCUGCCCUAGCUGUCCUCCUCACUCGACAACUAACACGCAAAAUACUAAAUGAAAAAGAACUCGCGGAAACGAUACGAAGUGAAAUUCUUGAUAAAUAUGGGGAAGGGGAGGUGAAAAUGAUGUCGUUAGAGGAGCAUGGGUUGAACGAGGUGGUUAGAGUAAUUAGCCAGGCUCGUGUGCUUGUCGGAAUGCACGGGGCUGGUUUAGGGCUUGGAAUAUUCUUGCCUCAAAAUUCGCUGUUGGUUGAACUGUGGCCGUUUGCUGUCAAUCCUGUUUCCGCAAGAGUUUAUAGGGUUAUGUGUGAACUGGAGAGCUUUGGGGUGGUGUACAGGGCGUGGGUGAAUCAGGACGCUACACACACACGCACACACCCACACUACCCGCCACAUUUAGGGGGUGUUGACCAUUUACCGCCGGAGGAAAGACGGGAGGUUGUGUCAUUGCUGUAUACGAAUGAAUUAACGAGUGUUGUGUGUUGUAUGGAUGUUAAUUGGCUGUUUAGGAUAUAUCAGGAUACAACAGUUAGGUUAUACGCACAUACAGACGCACAUCACCCUCACACGCACACACACGCACAUGGAAACAUGCACAGUAAUGUAAAUGAGCCUCACAUGCACACAAAUGGAAACACACACACAGGUAUACAUGAGGGCAACGCACACAGGAACACACACACUAACGCACAUGAGCCUCACACGCACACACACGCACAUACAGACACACUGACAAGUAUACAUGAUAACACACACACAAACACACACACAAACAUACAUGGAGCUGUUCUCAAGAGUGUACCUUUUAGUGUGGUGUUGAGAGAGGGGCUGGCAUCACUACCCUCAACACCACAACCACCACCACCACCAUCACCAUUAGAAUCACCACCACAGAUAUUGCAAUCACCAAAAACACCACCACCACUGUCACAAACACACCAGUCAUCACCACCACCACCAUCACUAUUAAAAUCACCACCACACACAUUGCAAUCACCAAAAACACCACCACCACCACCACUACCACUACCAAAGCCAGGCAAAGUCAACAUCUUAAAAUGUUCCUUAGAAAAACACAACACCAGAACGAAGGUUGAAUUAUCUUGGCAAACACCAUGGCUAGUGAAGGCUUUGGGGUGUGAGGGGCUGGUGUAUGAGGUGGUGGUGGCGGCGGUGGGUGGUGAUGAGGCUAGAAGAGUAAUGGUGAUGAGGGAAAGUGUAGUGUUGGUGUUUGGUGAGGUGUUUGGUGGUGUUGACGUAUGGGUGACAUGUUUUUGUGGUGGUGUUGAGGGUGUGGUGGUGUUUGUAAGGUGUUUGUUGGGUUAGUGUGUGUGUGUGUGUUUUAAUUGUUUUUAUUAUUCUAUUCUGUGUAAAUUAAAGUGUAUAUCUGUAUGUGUUGUAUUCAUAAUGUAUAUAGAAAUAUUUUUUUAUAUGAAUUAACAUGAGAAAAUAUAUUCUGACAUUUUA